UUUAUGUCCCCGCCUCCGAGCUGUGCAGUAUGGAAAGCAAACAGGAGAGAGGAAGCGAGCAGCAUCAGGCACUUGCUGGCUCAUGUUACCUUCUGGGAAUUUUUAUAUUGUUUCUAUUUAAUUUUGUAGCAAAUUAACUGUGUAUUUAUUAGAAUGUUUUAUUAUUUUUAUUCGCUGAUUUUGACAUUUUCUACUAACGUGGCAUAGGAUUGGCAGUCGCUUGCUACCUUGUCAACACUGGGAACACGAUUCCCGUCCUCUCAAAAGACAACGAAUAAGAUUGCUAAACAAAGUUUUUUUUAAAAUAUACAUAUUUUGAAUUUGUUACAUUGAUAACUUAAGCACUGUCUUCCGUGCCCGUGUGUGUAUUUUAUCGUUAUAUUACUGGUGUCAAUGUUAAACACUGUAAGAUAGAGCUAGCCAUAAGGUGAAUAACAGGAAGGAUCAGGAAAGAAUGACGGCUGUUCAGCUAAUGAAUAUCCAGCGACUAUUGGAAGCGGCGGAAUAUCUCGAAAGGAGAGAAAGAGAGUGUGAACACGGAUAUGCUUCGACAUUUCCUUCAAAUCAGGACACAAGUUACCAGAGGCAAAGGAAAUUCCGAAAUAAGAAAUUCAGCAGUAACCACAACAGGUCCACACACAACGAGCUGGAGAAGAAUAGACGGGCUCAUCUGCGGCUGUGUCUGGAGCGCUUGAAGGCCCUCAUCCCACUGGGGCCGGACUGUAGCCGCCAUACCACCUUGGGCCUGCUCAACAAAGCCAAAGCACAUAUAAAGAAACUUGAAGAAGCGGACAGGAAGAGCCAGUACCAGCUGGAGUCUCUGGAGCGUGAGCAGAGACACCUCCAGCGCCAACUGGAGCUGCUGAGAGGAGGCGGAGGUGCGGCCGUGGAGGGCGAGAGGAUACGCAUGGACAGCGUGGGCUCCACCCUAGGCUCCGAGCGCUCUGACUCUGACCAAGAGAUCGAGGUGGACGUGGAGAGCACGGAGUUCUCCCACGGAGAGCUGGACAGUCUGAGCACGGCCAGCACCAGCGACCUGGACGACCACAGCAGCCUGCAGAGCAUGGCCAGCGACGAGGGAUACUCCUCCUGCAGUGUCAAACUUGCCUUUUCCUCCUAGAAGCUACACAACGCCGCCGCCAACACCACCGCAAACACCUCCUCCCCAUCCUCCUCCUCCUGCUGUUCCCUGUCCUCCCAUCUGGUGUAUCCGUAGACCCGUCCAGCUGUGCCCACAGGCAUCUGUUCACCUGCUUAGUGUUCCCUCACCAUACAACAAAAGACAGUGUUAGAGCGGAACCUAAUUUCUUGGACAUAGACUUUCAAACUGUUUGGGUCUGGGGACCAUCUACAGGGGAGACAUUUUUGCAAGAACCCAGCUCUUAAUCCUUAUGCCAACUCAACAUAUUGUGCACUAGUCAUUAGUGUCAAAAUACUUCAACCUAAAUACAGGCUCUACCCACUUCAAUCGAGAAAAUCCCUAAAUAAUUGACUCGUCCUCUAAAAAAAAGGGGAUAUCAUUGCUCAGAGAUGCCACAAGAAGGUGGCAAAGCACUGCUUUUGUCAGAAUGAAGCUCCCCAAUUCACUUCAAUAUAGUUCCUUAGCACUGAGAUGCCACAAGAUGGCACCAAAACAAUACUAGUAUUGCUUUGGCCUGAGCACAAAAAAAAAAGGGGAAGUAAGUGAGUUUUUCAGCAAAUAAUGAAAGUGAAUGCCAUAUAUGCAGGGAAACACAACUCAAAUAUAUUUUCUUAGUUCAGUGGUUCAGGGUAAGAACCACUUGAGAGUUAUACAGAUUUAUAUGAUGCCUCACAAGUAAUUGGUUUACUCUGCUGGUCCCUGUACGUAUUCAUGCACUUUGCCCCCCGCAAAAAAUAAAACCAUGUAGGUAAUUAUUUAUUGCAAAUCAUUUCCUAGCUCACGGACCCCAGUUUAAGACCCCUGAUCUAGGACCCCCACAAUUUGGUUUUAGUCAUUUCAGGAAGACAAAUGGCAAAAUACUCCCUUGGAAAACCCCAUGCAUACAGACAACUAUGACCCAAAACGCACUUCAAGCCUCUUUGCUAUUGAAGUUGCUGUAAACUGAUUGGUGCUUCGGCCUUGGGCCCAGCCAACGGAAAGCAGACGUCGCGGCAACAUCACCCGGCGCCGCCAAAGACGCCACAUCUGUCUCAUCUUGGACACUUGACUCGGUGCUAUUGCGGAAGUCCUCCGUCAGCUGGGCAAGCAAAAGCGUCUGCUUCCACACGCUAGCGCGGAGCAAGACGGCCACACAAAAUUCCUUCAUUCCUGUUGAAGGCGACUCGUUCUCUCUCACGCUCUCUUUCCCUCUCGACAAGCGACGGGCGAUCCUGCACUUAAAUACUUUCCAGCUGACGCGGCCCAAACAACAGCGACAAGAUAUGUUGGGAAUAGACGUCCACCUUCUCUCCAGCAGUAACAAGCAAUAACUCUACAUCUUUUCUCCCUCUGUGACCGUCCAAAAAGAAGCAGUUGUUUUAUUUUUUUUUCUUUGUACAUACAGAUAGCUUAAUAAAUUAAUGUUAAAGAUGGGGAAAAAAAGGUAGAGCUCAUGGAUAGAACUUUUGCCUCUGUUGCUGACUUGUGUUUAUUGUGCAUUUGAAAGUCCAUAUUUGGAAGCGCGGUGGGCGUGGCUUGGACACUUAGUUUUUGCUGGUUGACAUCCUACAAUUUAAUUAUUGUGUUGCUUUCUGGUGCUGCACAAGGUUGCGGGAUGGAAGCUGCAGUUUAAUUUAUUUCACGUGAUAUUCUCUUGGAAUGUGUGCGUGUGUGUGUGUGCGUAUGGCAUUCCACUGGUGGUCCCUACGUGUUGGGGAAAAGAAACGGGUUGUCAAAAUUAGCCAUCCCAACUCCAUUGGCAUUAAGAAUUGCACUUCGCCGCCCCCCCAACCCCCUUUUUCUGCCCUUUUGAUUUUUAACUAAACAUCUUGUGAAUAUUUAUUUCUCCAUCCCUCUAAUGAACCGAUAUCACACGGGGGGAAAAAAAUAACUUAUUUUCGUCCUGUCUUACUUUGACUUCAUUUUCGAUGCGUCGUCCUCAUUCCUUAUUUUAAGAAUAAUGUAUUUGAUGUUUUAUUGGUCUUUUGGGGGAUUUGGGAGGGUAACAUAAUGUAGCCAUUUUCUUUUGCUUUUGAUGUUUAGUCGAUGGACACUUGAAAUGUAAGUGACCCCAAAGCUGCUCUUAGUUGCUGAGCCUAUUUCGAGUCACCUGUCUAGUUUGGAGGUUGACCCCCACCCCUCUCCACCCCCUUGCCAGCUCCACACUCCAUACUCGGUCCACGUACAAUUCUACAACAGAAUUGGCUUCCCUCCAAUCCUGGCCUGCCAAUCGAGCGGACACAAUUGUAUGUGUGUGUGAAUGCUGAGGGGUGUGGGUCAUCACCACGGGCAUAUGCUGAGCCAGCUACUACCCAAACUGGGGUCUUUCAAAACACCACUUUCCUCUUUGGAUUGUAUACUCUUGACUAGAUUUGUCCUUGUAGUUGACAACGCGUGUCUUACACUUACAACACCUCCAUAAGGGGAUUCAACAGAAAAAAAAAACAAGAGUAGAUUUUAAUCUUGUUAGUCUUGGUGGCACUGAAUUAGAAAGUGACCACUGGUGCUUGAUCCUCCAAACAGAAAUGCCAAAACCACGUUUGAACACUUCAGUGUCCUCUCUCUCUGCCUCUCUGCCUGAGGGACAGUUUACAUUGAUUCUGGCCCUCUGUGACUUUUUAGCAAUCGUUGUUUCCAUUUCCUCCGCGUUGCUUUGACACAACUAUUCUGUGCCACAUCUCCUUGGAAGCUGACUGUCCUGAACGCUACAAGGUGUGUCAGAAAGGUUUCAGGACUUUGUGUCACAAAAGAUUUUACCAUUUCAAUGUUGGUCAGACAAGACAACCGGCACAUCUAUCAAGUAAUGCUCCAGCCUUUGCGUCGGUCAGUGUGUGAGAAGAGGCGACAGUCCUGAGCAUCUGAAAUGUCGUGGCGGAGAAGAACCUUGCCGUGCUGAAGGAAGCUCCCUACUCACCUGACCUUGCGCUGUGAUUUUUUUCUCCCCACUGUCUUAAGCUCAGGGAGGUAAUCAAGGAAACCUCUUAUUCAGACGUCACGACACCCAAGAUGGCAGAGACAUCAGAGCAGUGGAGGAGCCUGGAAGAAUCACUCCAGGCGUACAUGACAAUGUGGCACUGAAGGCAGGCGAAGUGUGUUCAACUCCAGGCUAUUACUUGCGCAGGAAAAAUGUAUAGUUUGGAUUGAAAUUAUGAUAUGUUGUGACACAAGUCCUGGAACAUUUCUGACAAGCGCAUAGUUUUUACCUCUGCAGACGUUUUGGUUCCAAACAAACAACCUUGAGUGUGCGGUUAACUUUGCAGGCAGGCUCUGCUCUGCUUUUAAUUGUCCAGGCAGCCCAUAAAAAAAUGGGUGUUGCAGUGUUUUUGUUUUGCUUUGGUAAACCACACUCCAUUCCAGUGUCGGAGAGGAAAACGGGUCCAUGAGUUAAGGCAACGAGACGCGUCCCUUGUGGGGAGUCGUCCUGUUGUUCUCAACCUGUCCUUUGUAGAACAUGCACUCUGAUGAACGUGUUUUAUUGCAAAGUUGGAAAUGCAAUACUUACAAUAAAAACGAGAUUUUCAAACCUAAA